ACUACGCUUUAGGAAGUGGUUACACUUGGCCAUUUUCUGGAGUGACAGUAGGAGUCGAGUCAGUCACUGUUCACGAAGUGGCUUAGAAAUUAGCUGUGGGCAAGUUCAUGGUGAGUCCGAGUUCACCACUUUGGGCUGGCUAAGCGUUGCCGUUGAUUUAUUUUUAAAUUCCUCACACACGUGUGCUCACGUCACGUAUAAUUGGCCACACCUCUCUCUCACCGACUCAUGUCUCUUUUUUCGUACGACGAACUCAUCUCCCCUUCUUUCUUCUUUCCCAUUGACCCUAUCCCCUUUUGUCCUCCGCUCAAUCUCAAUCGAAGAUCAUGGCAAACUGUAACGGCGGCGGAGGAUAACAAUCGAGAAGAAAUGCCAGCCUCAAUUCUCCUCUGCGCAAUCGUUCGCGACUUCGAUCAAGGCUUCGAUUGGACAACGGAAACGACGAUGGACGACAAUCGAUAAGAAGCGUUCGCUAUUAAUAAUUCUUAGACCAUUGAUGUUCAUCCGACUUUGGCAUACCACCACCGAGAAUCGCCUCUGUAAGUUCAUCAGAUUUUGACAGUUGGAAAUAGGUUUAAUGGCUCCCAAACAGAGAGAGAAGCCCUGCCCUUUUGAUUCUUGAUUUCCAUUCACUACGCAUGCAUAGAGAGAACAGAAACAAGGGAAAUAUGUAGUUGCAGUGAAGUCUUGAGAGUGCUUUAUUAGGUGGUUUGAAUUCCUCAAUGGUUGGCAUUUCUAUAUUAGUUUGCGGUGUUGCUUCAUGGGUCACCCAACCAAAUGAUCUUAUCUCUGUUUGUUUUUCAUGAUGAAUGCAUGCUCACUUUAGCUUGCAUUUGUCAUUUAAUGUCAAUUGGGAAUUCAUGGGAUGGAAUUGAAAUUUCAGUUUGUUUUCGGGUUGUUUAUAGUUCCUCUUGGAUAUUAAAUAUCUUGAAUGGAUUGGUCAUAAGUGAUGGGAUUUUGUGUGUGUAGGAUUUGAUGACUUACUAAAAACUAAUUAUGUGCAGAUCAAGUGGGAGUGUUGUAGGCUCCAAAGUCCAAACCAUGAUUUACCAAAGGUCAUCAAACUCUACAGUACUAUCUCACAAUGUGGGUUGAUCCUCAAACUGGAAUCCUAUUUCGUUUUCAAUUCAGGUAUCCCAGAUAGUUUUAGAAUCGUUUGGUACAUGUGCAACUGAAUUAGGAUUUUCCUGUUGAUGCGUGCAAGUUGCAUCUUUGAGUCAUAGAGUGGAUUGCCUCUAGAGAUUGAUAAUGUCAGCGAUUUUUAGAGAUGGAGUAGAUAGGUGAUGAACUUUAGAGAGGCGAAAUUCAAAACAACAAUCAAGGUUGGUGGAUAAAGAAGUUCAUUUAUGAGAGUUAUUAUUCACUUGGAUUGCCAAGGUAAAGCUGCAGAGUAUGCUACUAGAAAAUCCACCAAACGAAGGUCUGUCAAAUCCAACAAUGAGACUUACAUCGAGGUAAUUCAAUCAAAUAGAUAUAUCCUUCUCUUUUAAGGCUAAAACAAGUAUAUUGAUUAUUCAAAUCAUGUUUUGUAGUUGUAAAAUGUUUGUUUCCAUGUUUCGGUGUCAUACUUCUCAUUUUGUUUUGUAUUAUGUAUCUUUCACUAGAUGUUUUUCCAGCUGCUAUCUAGAAGUGUUUGGUAGUAACAUGUCAAGUGUCAACGACAUCGAAGUAAAAGGCUUGAUUGAUUUGAUGCUAUUCUGGUUACAUAUUUCUCAAUCCAUAAUGGUGACUUUUGUUAUGUAACUUUGGUUUAUUAACAGUUGAGCUGACAAAAAUUAUGGGAGUAUGCUAGACAAACUGACAAAGGGUAGUGCUAGCUUUACUGACCCUUGGAUAAUAUUAUCAUUAGAAUCCGGCAGAUAUUGGAAUGGUGUCAUUUGGUUCUUAUUUCCCAGUAGGUCUUCAAUAGGGACUUUGUUGCUUGAAUUGCAGCUCAUUCACUCUCUACAUAUAAUUUAAUAAUGAUCUUGCUUUAGCCGACAUUAUUUAUCAUGGGUAUUCUCAGGGUUGCAACCAUUCACUGUCUAUGCCAUAUUUAUGGGUAAUUCAUGGCAGGACAAAUAAACGACUUCAUGAUUCUUUUGAUUGGGAAUUUAUGGUUUUUGGGUACUGCAGAUGGCCAGUUGCAGAAUGGAGCAAGAACUGGAAUACCAGGGCAGAUGCUCUCAGAUUUCGUGGUAGGAAGGGCACUAGCUUUUACUUUUAGCCCAUCGCUCUUCCUCUACAAAGUAUGAUCAGAAUUAUUAAGAUUAGUGAUUUGAAUGGUUCAACAUUUACAGUUUGUGUGGCUUUUGAUUAAUUAGUAGUAAUGAAGUGAGGAUUAGAAACGCGAACAGAUGGAUUGAAAACCACAAGCAAGGUGAUUAAUGAGAUAAAUUAUUUGUGAGAACUCAAAAAUUUGCUAAUUGGAAAGAAUUGAUGCAUCCAUUUGAAAAACGAAAACUGAGAAUAUUCAUAAAAAGUAAGAAAGUUGUGUCUCAUUACUGAUCAUGUACGCUCCAUAUUAUCUUAGUUAAUGCAAUAUACCAACAAUUUUAGUGGAUCGAAGUAUCUGAUUUUUUUCCAUCAAUCAUAGAUCUUUCCUUACGUUUGACAUGCUCUUAAAUAUUUGCUGGUUUUAAUUAAGUCAUUAUUCAUAUGAUGUCUAGAUCACCAUAUGGGAACAACAACAACAACAAAAACAAAAACAAAAAAUGUAUCUGCAUGCGUCUAUUUGUUCUGAUGUAUAAGCUUUUGGGAAAAGGAAAUCUAUUACCCUGGAAAUGAUGAUGGGGAACUAAGUUACCGCCAUUACCGUGCCAUUUUUAGCUCUAACUUAUUCUUUAUGAACUGUAAUUAUAUAUAGAGAUCGUCGAUAUCUCUUUUCCCUUAAACCACACCAACAUUAGCUUUUGUGUAUUUAGAUGUUGAUAUUGUUAUUUUGUUCAUAGUAUUUCUCUUAUUCAUAAUAAUAAUGGUGUGUAAGAGUGUGUGAUCACUUGAUUUCAUUGCAAGAUGACUAAAUAUUCACAAAACAUCAAAACCCCAAUAUAUUAGCAUAAGGAUAUCCGCUGCAGAGCGCGGGCUACAAAACUAGUAAAUUAAAUAAUAAUGAAAGACUAAAACAAUAAGGAAAGCAGAUCGAUAACACGUUCUGAAAAGGAUCAGAAAGGUUGGAGAAGAGGAGAGAUCGCUGUGGGGAAAUACGGCUGAUCCGUCGUCGAAUAAGCAAUUGCUACUAUUGGAUUCUUGGAAAAAUACGGCUGAUCCUUUCAGUAAGUUUUGCUUCUCUUGGUUUCUACACAAACUUAAUAUAAUUAUUCAAAGGAUCAGCCGUCGGAAAAUUUCCCCAUGGUCCGGCGGAUCUCUCCCUUGCACUAUAAAUAGCUUUUUCCCACUAGUAACAUACCUAUAUGAUAAUUCUAAAAUUCGAAGCAUAGAAAUAAUACAAGAUAGCAAUGAAGCGAGUAGCUCUUCUUCUCCCCGGCUCAGUACUGAUCGCAGCAACGGUAUCCACAACAUUCCUCGUUACGAUUCUGCCGCCGCCCGGCGCCGCCGCCCAACAAAGCACCGGUCUUCCAUGUAGCUGUGACCCUUACACUGUCUGCAACCAGUACUGUAACAGAGCAGGACCCUGCUGUAGUCCCCGUGGCUACUGCGGAAUCGGCGGGGGUUACUGCGGGCAAUGCUUUUGUUGGCAGGAUCCCCAGUAUGUAAUUUGCGAUGAUUGUAAUUGCGAUGGAACAUGCAUUACCCACAAUAUCAAAGUUGCUACCUACGACGACGACAACGACGACCGCAACCAUAACGUUUCUGCUGCUGCUGCUGCUCCCACUCCAAGUUGGCACCUAAUGGAAAAUAUAUCAUCAUCCUCAUCAUUGGUUACUAGCCCUAGCCCGAGCAAGGUCGGACCGGUUCAUCGGUAUGGUUCGGCCGCAGUAUGUGGACAAUCAGCAAUGGAUUUAGCCAAUACUGUUGUUCCCGGGCAAUGUCUAGAGGUGACGAAUCUUGAAAAUGGGAAGCACGCGAUGGUGAGAGUUACGGGUCAUAAGCAAUAUCAUUGCAGCAACACAAGUUUGUUAUUGGAGCGCGGUGUUUUUCAACUGCUCGUGGGAACAAGCGGCGGCGGCGGCCAUGGAGAUGUACAAGCUCGUCACUUUCCAAUUCGUUACAAGUAUGUGCGUUGCAUCGGCAAUUAGUGAGUCGAUGAAGAAGCACUAUAUCCCGGUUUAGGGGCAUAAUCAGAAAGCCUAUGUGUAAUAUGGAGCAUGAGAUAUAAAUGGUUUGCUAACCCAUAUCCUACUUAACAUCGGAUUCUAUUGUCACAAUAUAGAAUCUGUAUAUCA